UGGCAGCCCUGCCACUCGCACAUGUUGUUUAUUUCCAAUUUUUUAUUGAAAUCGUUUAACUGCGUCGCAAGAAACACAAAUAAAUGCUAACAGGAUGAAGGUUAAGAUGAUUAGUCGCAAUCCGGACAAUUAUGUCCGGGAAACCAAGGAGCAGCAGCACAAGAUGCCUCGAAACUACGAUCCCUCGCUGCAUCCCUUGGAGGGUCCACGGGAAUAUGUGCGGGCGUUAAAUGCCACCAAAUUGGACCGAGUGUUUGCCAAACCCUUUGUGGCCAACUUAAGUGGCCAUCGGGAUGGUGUGGCAUGCUUUGGCAAGCAUCCCAAGCUACUAUCUAGCCUGGCAACCGGCGCUUAUGACGGGGAGGUGCGUAUUUGGGAUCUGGCUAAUCGCACCAGCAUCCGCCACUUUGUGGCUCACGAUGGCUUCGUCCGGGGCAUUGCCUACACCCGAAACGGGGAUCAGAUCUUCACCGUGGGCGAUGACAAGACCAUCAAGGUUUGGAAGGGCCAAGCACCGGAAAUUGGCGAAGAUGAGGAGCCCGUGAACACCAUACUCAGUAGGUACGGCCUGCAUGGCAUCUCGCACAAUCGAAAGGACAAUAAGUUCGCCACCUGCGGCGAGGUGUGUGCGAUUUGGGAUGAAGAGCACAACGAUCCGUUGAAGACGCUGAAAUGGGGCGUAGACACUCUGCAUACCAUCUCCUACAAUCCAGUCGAAACUGAUAUCCUAGCUUGCUGUGCCAGCGAUCGAAGCAUUAUCCUGUACGACCAACGUGAAGCACAGCCCCUGCGAAAGGUGGUACUUACAAUGAAGAGCAACAAAUUGGCCUGGAAUCCAAUGGAGGCGUUCAACUUUACGGUGGCUAAUGAGGAUUGCAAUCUCUAUACCUUUGACACCCGCAAAUUGCAAACGCCUUUGAAGGUUCACUUCGAUCAUGUUUCUGCCGUCACCGAUGUGGACUACUCGCCCACGGGCAAGGAAUUCGUCUCCGCCAGCUACGACAAGACUGUUCGCAUUUACAAUGCCCAUCAUAGUCACUCUAGGGAUAUUUAUCACACCAAACGUAUGCAACAUGUUGUCUGUGUGGCCUGGUCAUUGGACAAUCGAUAUGUCUUCUCCGGCUCCGACGAAAUGAACGUGCGCAUGUGGAAGGCGAAGGCCUCCGAGAAACUGGGCGUGAUACGACCACGCGAGCGUGUCAACUUCAAUUACCAGGAGGCUCUCAAGCAAAAGUAUGCCGCCCAUCCGCAGAUCAAGCGCAUUGCUCGGCAUCGCCAGGUGCCACGGCAUGUGCUCAAUGCCCAGAAGAAGAUGCGUACGGUCAAGGAGAAGGAGCAGGUCAAGGAGGCCAAUGUGCGCAAGCACUCCAAAAAGGGCAAGGUGCCCUAUGUCAGUGAAAAGAAGAAGCAUGUCCUCAAGGAGGAGGUCUAGAUGGGACUGUUUAAAAACACUAGUUUAAAUAAGUAUGAAUAAUAAAACAUAUUGAUUUUUGUAAGUAUAAUUUAAA